GGCUGGAAAAAUAAUUACCUGCCUUGAUUGUUCUGUGAGCAGAUAAAAAGUACAUAUACAGUUCAUACAAUAAUCUUAUGUAUGUAAAACCCUGUUACGAUGUCGGCGACGGGGCCCAUCAGUAACUAUUACGUGGACUCGCUCAUCUCUCACGACAAUGAAGACCUCCUAGCGUCCAGGUUUCCGGCCACGGGGGCUCACCCCGCCGCCGCCAGACCCAGCGGCUUGGUGCCGGACUGUAGCGAUUUUCCGUCCUGUAGCUUCGCGCCCAAGCCCGCAGUGUUCAGCACGUCGUGGGCGCCGGUGCCCUCACAGUCGUCCGUGGUCUAUCACCCGUACGGCCCCCAGCCCCACCUCGGCGCCGACACGCGCUACAUGCGGACUUGGCUCGAGCCGCUGUCCGGCGCCGUCUCCUUCCCCAGCUUCCCGGCCGGGGGCCGUCACUACGCACUCAAGCCGGACGCCUACCCCGGGCGCCGCGCCGACUGCGGCCCGGGCGAUGGCCGCAGCUACCCGGACUACAUGUACGGCUCGCCCGGGGAGCUGCGCGACCGCGCCCCGCAGACACUGCCCUCGCCCGAGGCGGACGCCCUCGCCGGCAGCAAGCACAAAGAGGAGAAGGCCGACCUGGACCCCAGCAACCCCGUGGCCAACUGGAUCCACGCCCGCUCCACGAGGAAGAAGCGCUGCCCCUACACCAAGUACCAGACGCUGGAACUGGAGAAGGAGUUUCUCUUCAAUAUGUAUUUAACCAGGGACCGUCGGUAUGAGGUGGCUCGGGUUCUCAAUCUGACCGAGCGGCAGGUCAAAAUCUGGUUUCAGAACCGGAGGAUGAAGAUGAAAAAGAUGAAUAAAGAGAAAACCGACAAGGAGCAAUCCUAAACCCUGCCCCAGCCUGCUGCCUCGGCACAGCCAAGGGAAAAACAAAAACCCCACAAAAAUAUCCUAACCCAAGCGGGAGAAAGCACGAAAGGAAAAGGAAAGAGCAAGAGACAAAAAGCCAAUCCGCUUAAAAAGAAAAAAAAAAGGAAGGGGAAAAGGAAAACUCUUGCGAUUUGGGAGGGUUAAGUGUUCAGAAAUUGGUGUUUAGAGUUAGUUCUACCCAUCGAGGAGGAGGCAGGAGAGAAACUGCAUUCUCUUCCCCCAGCGCAACUGAAAUAAAUGACACACACAAAUGUGAUUUUUUUCUCCUUUCUUCAGAGAAGCCAGUACUUGAAUUGCUAUAUUUCUAAUUUUUUCCUGUAUCGUAUUUGGUCUGGGCCAUCCCUUCCCAGGCCUUGGGCACUCUGCGUGCAGAUUUUGUACAAAAAAGACACACAUACACACGAUGAUUCCCAGCCCAGGAGCUGAGGGACGAAGGCCUGGACUGAGCCACAGGCUGGGUUGGGUGGCGCAGGCGGGGCCUCGGGCGUGUACAUAGCUGUGUUCCCUCUCACCCUCAGCGUCUGUUCCCAGCGUCUAUCCCGUAAUGUGCUUCUGUUUGUCAUGGUAGAACAGCUCUGUGUUAAUAUAUCGAAGUCACUUAAAAAACCAGAAACUCAACUGCAUCCAGUUCUCAUUAUUUCUCCUCCCUGUGGCUCCCCACGAUGCUGUUGUGGAGGAGGCAAGAGUUCAGAUUCUUUAGGGGAGGCUGGAGCCAGAGAAGGGGCUCCCUCUAUCUCAGAAAGGCAAAUGCCUGCCACUUCUCUCCAGGCAGGGCAGGAUAGGGCUGGGGGCUCCAGGGGAUGCGAGGCUGCUGAGGGUGCGGAGGCCAAGGCCCAGCUUGUCCCUGCCCUGGCUGGCUGCCUACAAGGUUCCUGGUGGCGAGAUGGAGGGAGGGGGCAUGGCAUGAAUGGCUUUCCCUGGCUGUAAUUGUAAUAAUUUAUGAGUACAUGAGAUGGGAGAGAGGAGACAGGUGAAGAUGAAAGUUGGGUGCUGGGUGAGGGCCCAGGCUGGAUUCUUGGCUGGUUGCAUUGGUGCUUUGGUGCUUUGAGGGCUGGCUGGGAAAAAAGGCUGGCAGGAUGUUCACUAGAAGGAAGGCCAGGCAGGCCUCGGGGAGCAGGACAGACAUAGGGGGACUUCGUUAAAAGAGAGAGGGAGAGAGGAAAAGAGAGAGAAAGAAGAAGGAAGGAACUGAA